CCGCUGAAAGAUAUAUAAACUAACGAAUGAAUGUGGAUCAGCAUCAAACAGUCGCUAACCAUCUUCCAAGGAAGAGCAAUUUCAAUUUAGUUUUUGCAAAUAUCCCGUGUGAUAACAAGUUUUAAAUAAAUCUGUUAUAAUGAAGGCCUUCGUAGCAACAUCUCUAUUCGCCUUGGUUGCGCUAGUAAGCUGUGAGCCACCAGCACCACAAAAUCAAUACCUACCACCCAACCAAUCACCCUCCAACAAUUACCUUCCACCCACUGGCCAACAUGGAUCAGGUGGUUUCGGUGGUUUUGGAGGACAAGGACACCAACAAGCUCCAUCAUCAGCCUACGGUGCUCCAGGAGUGACAUCUGCCAUCUUCACCAGUCCACAAACUUCAUAUGGAGCUCCUUCCCAACAUGGACACGCUGGCGGUGGUGAUGCUGGAUACUCAUACGGUGGUGGACACCAGGAAGAAAACUACGGACCAGCCAAAUAUGAAUUCCAAUACGACGUUCAAGACUACCACACUGGUCAAGAUUUCGGACACAUGGAAUCACGUGAUGGUGACAAAACCGUUGGACGCUACUACGUUCUCCUUCCUGAUGGUCGCAAACAAAUUGUUCAAUACGAAGCUGAUGAACAUGGUUAUCGCCCAGUUGUCUCCUAUGAAGAUACCGGUGCUGGUCAAUCUGGUUUCGGUGGUGGUUACGACAGCAACGCUCAACAACAAGGAAAAUUCAAUGGUUAUUAACUUUAGUAAAAUAAUUUAAGAUAUUUUAUUUUAGUUAAUAUCUAUAUAGGAUUUAGAGAGAAGGAAUAACAUCAGCUUUAUAACAGAUGCAUGUAACAUAUCACACGUGGUAGAUUAAUGUUAUUGCUACAACCUUUUCUCCGACGCUUCAUUCUCGUUUACUUCUUAAACACAACUAUUUAUAAGAGCGCUCACAAAUUUAUCUGUAUCUUUUUUUUUCAAAAUUCUAUACUGAGUACCUACUCCUGCAAACAGAUUUGUUAAUGCAACUGGAGAUGUUCUGGACACUUAAAAUCAUAGAGUAAGGCAAUGUCAGUUAAUGACAAACAAAUAUCAGGGAUCUGAAAUCCAUCGAUUUGCCUUAUGUGUUCUGUCACAUGUAGAAACUAACUAAUGAAAAUGGCCAUACUUUCAAGUACUCUGUUUUAAAAACGUAUUUUAAGUCUUUUUGUAUUAUAAUUUAAUGAAGCAUUUUGUAAUAAAACAAAGACAUUGAAAAAGUA